ACAGUAACUUUUAAAAACAAUUUUCUUGUUUCAUAUAGCUGUACUACCAAGUCUUAAAUUUUGCCAUGAUAGUGUCUUCUGCCCUUAUGAUAUGGAAAGGGCUGAUCGUCGUUACUGGAAGUGAAAGCCCUAUUGUUGUGGUGCUCAGUGGCAGCAUGGAACCAGCUUUUCACAGGGGAGACCUGUUGUUCUUAACAAAUUUCCAUGACGACCCUAUCAGAGCUGGUGAAAUAGUUGUUUUUAAAGUUGAAGGCAGAGACAUUCCAAUAGUUCACAGAGUAAUCAAAAUACAUGAAAAAGAAAAUGGGAACAUCAAAUUUCUGACUAAAGGUGAUAAUAAUGAAGUUGAUGAUAGAGGCUUAUACAAAGAAGGUCAGAACUGGUUAGAGAAGAAAGACGUUGUUGGAAGAGCGAGAGGAUUUUUGCCUUAUGUUGGUAUGGUAACUAUAAUAAUGAAUGACUAUCCAAAAUUUAAGUAUGCUCUUCUGGCAGUGAUGGGAGCAUAUGUACUGCUGAAACGGGAAUCCUAAAAAAAAAAAAAAGACACUUUUCCAAGAACAAAGUUAAAUAUAGAGGGGAAAAAAACCCUAAUAUUUCAGAUGUUUUCAUUUCUGUAUACAGUUACAAAACUGUACAAGCUUUUGUCUUGUCUAAAUAAACUGUACAACUAAUGAGUAAA